GCGCAUGCGCCCGGCAGCCAUCCCCACCCCUUUCCAUGUUAGAUGCGGAAGUUAACUGUCAUAUGACUGCAAAAGAAGGCUAAAAUGUUGCUAAUCCGCGGAUGACAAUUUGCGCCAAAAAGAGAUGGAGGAGAUAAGACUGUCUCCUGACUACAACUGGUUUCGGAGCUCAGUGCCCCUCAAAAGAAUUAUAGUAGACGAUGAUGAUAGCAAAGUCUGGUCACUGUAUGAUGCCGGGCCGAAAAGCAUCAGAUGCCCGAUCAUAUUCCUUCCUCCUGUGAGUGGCACGGCUGAAGUUUUCUUCCAGCAAGUGUUGGCUCUUUCUGGAUGGGGCUAUCGUGUCAUUUCGCUCCAGUACCCAGUGUAUUGGGAUCUUCUGGAAUUUUGUGAUGGAUUUAAGAAACUUCUAGACCACUUGCAACUUGACAAGGUGCACUUAUUCGGCGCUUCCCUGGGAGGAUUCUUGGCUCAGAAAUUUGCAGAGGUCACACACAAAUCCCCUAGAGUGCAUUCUCUGAUCCUGUGCAAUUCAUUCAGCGAUACAUCCAUUUUUAACCAAACAUGGACCGCUAACAGUUUCUGGUUGAUGCCUGCGUUUAUGCUUAAGAAGAUUGUUCUUGGAAACUUUGCCAAAGGACCUGUUGAUCCCAAAAUGGCAGACGCCAUUGACUUUAUGGUGGACAGACUGGAAAGCCUGAACCAGAGUGAACUGGCGUCCCGACUCACGCUGAACUGCCAAAACUCCUACAUCGAGCCUCACAAAAUAAAGGAUGUUUCCGUUACCAUUAUGGAUGUAUUCGAUCAGAGUGCUCUUUCAAAUGAGGCAAAAGAGGAAAUGUACAAACUGUACCCGAAUGCCAGGAGAGCUCACCUCAAAACCGGCGGCAACUUUCCUUACCUUUGUCGAAGUGCUGAAGUUAACCUUUACAUCCAAAUACAUCUGCGACAGUUCCAUGGGACGAGAUACGCUGCCAUCAACCCUGCUAUGGUUAGUGCAGAGGAGCUUGAGGUCCAAAAGAGCAAUCUGAAUAACGUUAAAGAGAGCGAUGAUGAAUCAUAAGAAGAUAAAAACAUCCCACCCGCCCCAACCCACAGCUUACACUGAGCCGAUUUACAGAAGCUUUGACUCUUUAAGUCAGCGCUACACUUCACAUGCCGGGAAAAACCUUCUUUUGGCCUCACGUCUUUUCUACAAUGGAUUCAAUCAAAAAUGAUGAACAUAAAGAGCCUAUUUUUACUUUCCAGAAACAAUAUUUUGAUAAGUAUUAUUACUGUAAAUAAUUUGAGACUGGGUCACUUGGUCUUGUUUCACAGGAUGCCAUUUUGAACCGAUUGCCUUAUACCUUGUCUUUUGAAUAGUUUUGUGCUCCAUAUUGUCCUUUUUUUUUUCUCGCGCUUUUGUUUUGUUACUGUAACUGAUGCACUGAUUAAAGAUAGAGCUUACACAUUUCAUGGGUUUGUAAGCAUGGGAAAGAUAUGAUUAUUGACAAUUGUUUAAUGCUAAAAAAUGUCCAGCCUCAGUUGAGUCAUUGACACCUAUGAAAUUACUUACAGAUAAAAUACACAAUGGUCAUGUAAGGUGUUUUCUUUAUAGUUUGUACUGGACCUACCAAUUUAAUGAAGCCCAAAAGAGUUGCAGCCUAGCUCACCAAAUGUUUUUCCUGUAAAAAAAAAGAAAGAAAAAGGUCUCCCUCAGACCGAAGCCAGUUGUUCAUGACUACACUUACCAAUUUCACUGUGUAUCUGAACACUGUAACAUGACAGAGACAGCCAUCUAGGACAAUCCUUAUUGUUUUCCUCCCAUAAUGCAGUUUAUCGUCGUGCAUUUAUUCAUAAAGUUUACACUACUAAUUUAUACAGCAUGUCAAAGCCACUUCAAAGUUAAGUUGUAGAGAAAUAUAUACAAUAAUACUAAAUCAGUUGAAAAUGACAUAGCAGAUGAAUGUUUUUGUAGCAGAUGUUUGAGGAUUUGGUUAGUAUUAAUGCAAAAAAACAUUGGGGGAGAGAGACUUCAUUUACUGAUUAAGCUUUAUUAAAGAUUGUAGCUCCAGUGCAAUCCAUUACGUUUGUAGGAAAAUUAAGUGUUUCUUUGAACAGUUUCUUUAUAAGUUAUUUGCACACUACAUCUCUGCAGCCUAAUUACGAUAAGCAUGGCUUUAAUUCACUGUGAACAUUCCCUGUGGAGUUUUCGUUUAAAUUUCUUUAAGCUUUUGUGAUAAAGAGAAAAUUCGAGUCAAACAUUGCUUAAGAUGUAUUCAACAUUAAGAAACUUUUAGUAGAAAAUGCUGUGUAAGUGUUCUGCCUUCCAGAGCUUCUUAAUUUAGUCAUCAACGAACAAAGUAGUUUGCUUUAAGAUGCACAGUGCUAGAGUGGAAUUGUGAGGAUGAUGUGUGGACACACCGAUGAAGGACAGGUGGCUUCGGGCAACUUCAGAUUCAGUAUUUUGGAAUUACAGAAUGUUGAGGUAUAAUUCUGUUUCAGUUUGAUUAACUAAAUAUAUUUUGUAUAAGAUAAAAUCAGAUUUAAGAUCAGAUUGGUCAGAUUAUGUUGACUGAAACGGUCAAUGUAUGUGUCUGAUAAAAAUACUCAUAAGGAAAUUAACAAAAAAUCCUGUGAUCAUAUUCAUGCUUGAAGCCUCUAAAUUGAAUUUUUCCCAGAUCUACGGCUUAUAAGUGAUGCCCCAGUGUUACCUCUGUUCUUAUAAAUGUAAGACAUCAAAUCCCAGGAUUUUGCUCAGGUUCACUGAUUUCAGUGCUGAGUUUUGCCUGUGUACUGAGUGCUCUAAGUUUUUUCAAGACACCUGAUAGUCAUGAGAGGAGCACAAGGUUAUUCAGGAUCACGCAGAGUCUCCAACAUGGUUCCCUUCUUCUUUACUCAUAUAAAAGGCAAAUUUAGUUAAAAGAAAACAUUUACUAACAUCAUUGUUGCAUCAUUUACUAUCUGCAUGAAUUGUAUGUAAAUAAAUAAUUUAUUAGACAUUC